AUGCCAGCCACCACCACCCUCUUCCGCGCCGCCCGGCCCGUGCUCCAGCAGUCUGCGCUGCGCUCGGCCUUCCGCGGCACCUAUGCGCCCCAGACUGGCCGCCGCUUUGCGAGUACCGCGACCACCGGGGAGGCAGCUGCCCAGAACUGGUUCCAGCGCAUGUGGAACAGCCCCAUCGGGUUGAAGACGGUGCAUUUCUGGGCGCCGGUGAUGAAGUGGGCGAUUGUCAUCGCAGGUGUCUCCGACUUCGCGCGACCCGCCGAGAAGCUCUCGUUAACGCAGAACGGCGCCCUGACGGCUACCGGCCUCAUCUGGACGCGCUGGUGUUUCGUCAUCAAGCCCCGCAACGUCCUCCUCGCCACCGUCAACUUCUUCCUCGGCUGCGUCGGCGUCAUCCAGGUCGCCCGUAUCGUCAUGUACCGCCGCUCGCAAAAGAACCUCCCCGCCGCCGCCGCCGCCGCCGAGUCCGCCGUCGCCCAAGCCAAGGAGGCUGUCAAGCCUUGA